CCAGGUGCUGGCGAUGCCAGGUUUGGUGUGCUCAGACACCCAGACUCACAGGCCCCAGGGCCCUCAUAUGGACCGUGCCCCUCCCUUCCAUUGUCCAGGGCUGUCUGCCUGUCCCACUUCUCCAGGCUUCCAGCCCCUCCUUAGCCUGGGAUCUGCACAGCAUUGAGGGACCUGGGAGUCAGAUUUUGAGAAUUCAACAAGUAAAACGGGGACAAAGCCCCAGCCUUAACUCACCCGGGUCCUACAUCAGCCCUAUCAUGACGAAGGAAUAUCAAGAUCUCCAGCACCUGGACAAUGAGGAGAAGGACCAUCACCAGCUCCGGAGAGGGCCACCUCCACCCCAGUCGCUCUGCCAGCGUCUCUGCUCCGGACCCCGCCUCCUCCUGCUCUCCUUGGGCCUCAGCAUCCUGCUGCUAGUGGUUAUCUGUGUGAUCGGAUCUCAAAACUCCCAGAUGCAGAGGGAGCUGCAGACCCUGAGAGAGACCUUCCAUAACUUCACAGGCAGCACCGAGGCCGAGGUCAAGGCCCUGAGCACCCAAGGAGGUAGUGUGGCAAGAAAGAUGAAAUUGCUGGAGUCCCGGCUGGAGAAACAGCAGCAGGACCUGAGUGAAGAUCACUCCAACUUGCUGUUCCACGUGAAGCAGUUUGUGUCUAGUCUUCGAAGCUUGAGCUGUCAGGUGGCUGUUCUCCAUGGCAAUGCCUCAGAAAUGAUCUGCUGUCCUGUUAGCUGGGUGGAGUUCCAAGGCAGCUGCUACUGGUUCUCUAAGUCGGGGAAGCCCUGGCCCGAAGCUGACAAGUACUGCCAGCUAGAGGAUGCCCACCUGGUGGUGGUCACCUCCUGGGAUGAGCAGAGGUUUGUCCAGCACCACAUGGGUCCUGUGCAGACCUGGAUGGGCCUAACUGACCAAGAUGGACCCUGGAAAUGGGUGGACGGGACUGACUAUGAGACAGGUUUCAAGAACUGGAGACCAUUGCAGCCAGAUGACUGGUAUGGGCAUGGGCUGGGAGGAGGCGAGGACUGUGCCCACUUCACCUCUGAUGGUCGCUGGAAUGAUGACGUGUGCCAGAGACCCUACCACUGGGUCUGUGAGACAGCGCUGAACAGGACCAGCACACGGCCUCCUUCCCCCUAAUUUAUUUGCUCAAUGCCCUGAACUGCUGAGAUCUGAUGCUGAGAAUCCUCCUGUCUGGGGAA